ACCUCCCUUCUUCAGCGCUGCGUUUGUUUUGAUCGAAAGCCUUUGAGCUUCUAAGGUUUUGCUGCUUGAGCCGUUGGGCUCCCCGGCCGCUCAAGCAUGUUGGAGUUGGCCUGUGCUCCCUCCUUCGAUGAGCCUUCGAGGUCUGUUGGUUUCUGGGUCCUUCUCCGUUCCGGCAACCCUCGGCUCUUUCCUGUUGAUCUUGGUAGGGGCUCGUUGGUUUUUUCUGUUUCUUGUUCUGUUCGGUGCAGAUCCGGCAGCCUUCUUUCUCCUCCGACAGAUCAGUGGCAGCGCACGCAAGGGCUGCCAGAUCUGACGCCCAUCGCGGAUCUCCUGUUGAUUCUAAGGGACUACUGCUGCCUAAUCAGGUUACCGCCUCGGCAUCCUACAGCCUGGUGCAAUUUCUUCAAAGCUAGAUAGAAGGGUGUCCCAUAUGGAUUGGUCGAUCGAAGGCCGUGGUAUAUCCUGGGUCGUUCGUGUGCUGAGUGCACCUCCCUUCAGCCUCUGGAUAUGGGUCUACUCUGAUCUUUUGUUCCAGUUGUAUUUUACUAUUUGUUAUCUUUGUAGAUGCUGUAUGGCGGUAUUUGUAAUGAAACCAUUCCGUUAUG